UCACCAAAUUCAUUUAAUGCUUUAUGAAUUGUGAAUUGUUAUCCUUUAUUUAAGGUGCUUAUUAUUUUGAUUGUUUCCAAUUUAUCUACUGAUUCAGUUAGUAUUGUAUUGUAUUAUUGUUGGUUUGAUUUAAUUUCGAAGAGUCCUGGAGUUAUCGUGUUUCUACGACUAUUCCUUUACAAAAAUCAUCGAUUUUUCCGAUCUUGAUUAAAGACUAACUCAUGCUGUCGUGUUUUCCGGCAAAUUUUGAAGACCAAUAUGCUCAUCAACACUGUUUUUAACAAGCUUUUGACGCAAAAUUUAUUGCGGUCAAAUUCUGGUCAUAUCAGAUACUUGACUAGACAAUUUUCCAGACAGUCCAAUUAUCGAUUUAAAAGUCAAAGAAACUUUAUUGGAGCAUUAGCACCUCGCUAUUGGUAUCUUUCUGCGCUUCUUCCAGUAAGCUAUCUUUUUAAAGAUAAUAUUUCUAAUCUAUUCACAGUACAUGCAUUAAGGUUUGAUAAAGGAUCAAUUCAAGUCGACAGAUUUUUCGAUGCCUGCCAAACAGGAGAUUUGGCAACGAUAAAAUCAAUUGUUAACGAAACUUAUAAUUUUGAUAUAAAUGUUCGCCAUACUCUUGGUUGGACUGCUCUGCAUGUAGCUGCUGCCAAUGGCAAUUCCAAAGUUGUUAAAUAUUUAAUUGAAUUAGGAGCCAAUGUUAAUAUUGAAGAUUAUUACACAAUUCGAAGUGCAAAUGAUAUCGGUAAAGUUCAAAUACGAAGAAAUGAAUUUAAUAUGCUGUUGAAACCAGGUAAAAACUAUGAGGGUUGUACACCUCUUCAUUACGCCGUUCUUAUUGAUGAUCUGGAAACUGUUAUGGUACUAACUGAAAACGGAGCUGAUCCCUUCUAUGUCAACAAAUUGGGACACAAGCCUAUCGACUAUGUCGACCCUGAUAACCACCUGAUGGUUGAACAUUUGACUAAAUAUGCUUCCAAGUACGAGGAAUUAGUUAAGAAAAGGCAGAUGGAGGAAAGGAGAAAGUUUCCUCUCGAAAAAAGACUAAAACAAUUCAUUGUUGGUCAAGAAGCUGCUAUAGCAAUUGUUGCCUCAACUAUCAGAAGAAAAGAGAAUGGGUGGUUUGAUGAAGAUCAUCCUUUAGUAUUUUUGUUCCUUGGAUCAUCCGGAAUAGGAAAAACUGAAUUAGCCAAACAAGUAGCCAAAUAUAUUCAUCAAAAUAAUCCUAAAGGAUUCAUUCGAUUAGAUAUGUCCGAGUUUCAAUCCAAAGCUGAAGUGUCUCGAUUCAUUGGCUCGCCUCCUGGUUAUGUUGGUUAUCAAGAGGGUGGACAACUAACUAAAGCAUUGCAAGAAUGUCCCAAUGCUGUUGUAUUGUUUGAUGAAGUUGAAAAAGCACAUCCCGAUGUAUUGACAAUUAUGCUUCAACUUUUCGAUGAGGGUCGUCUGACUGAUGGACAAGGCACAACUAUUGAAUGCAAGGAUGCUAUUUUUAUCAUGACUAGUAAUCUGGCCAGUGAUGAGAUUGCUGAAUAUGGUCUUCAAUUGAGAAAGGAAGCUAGAGCUUUAACAAUGAAGCGAUUAAAUGUCGACUUAAAAGAUGAACUAUCGAAUUCAUCUAGUGAUAUAACAGUUUCAGAACAUUUCAAAGAGAAAGUUGUCCGACCCAUUCUUAAAUGGCAUUUCAAGCGAGACGAAUUUCUGGGUCGAAUAAAUGAAAUGGUUUACUUUCUUCCAUUCUCUGAAACAGAACUCAAUGAAUUAGUCACAAAAGAAUUAGAAGGCUGGUCUAAACGAGCACAAGAACGACAUCAAAUUAAGCUUUCAUGGGAUCGAGAAGUAAUUCAAAUAUUAACUGCCGGUUAUAAUAUUCACUAUGGAGCCAGAAGUAUUAAACAUGAAAUUGAACGUCAAGUAGUCAAUCAGUUAGCUGAAGCAUAUGAAUCUGGAAUAAUUAGUAAUGGAUUCGGAGUUCAUUUGAGUGUCGUUGAAGAUAAACCCAAAGAUGAUUCAGAAAAACCAAAAGCACAUCUCAAAAUGAAUAUCAUAAAACCAGGAUCAUUUAAAACUAGUUCAAACAAUUAAAUUAUCUUAAUUUCUGUAAUAUUCUUAAUUUAACUAAAGAAAAUAAUAAUUUUCUGUAAAUUCGCUGUAAAUUAAAAUGUUUCAUGUAAA